CCAUGACUUUUUUGGGUCCCCUGAGGCACCUGUUGGAUUUACCAGCCUCGCUGUGCUGUUUCAGGGUGGUUUUGACCUGAGCAGUUUACGUUAUCUGUUGAAAUAACGCAUGGGAGGCAUAUCAAGCUCUCCCUGGGGCCCUUUGCGAACUUGCUGCAGGGGGUAAUGCUUUUUAAUUAAACAAUGGACUAAACUUCUCCGGCGGAACUUCUCCCGGUGUAAACGUUACAUCGCUCUUUUAUGUUAAUGGGAAAUCCGAGUGAAGCAGAAAUGUGACAACACUUGCUGCGAGUCUUCAGAGCGUUGACAGCUCCGGGUUUGCCCGUGCAAGGGCAACCGAACGGACAAGGAAACCCCGAGGAUCAGGGCCUAAUGUCCGGAUGACACCGGCAGGACCCAGCGGCCACACUGCUCAUCUUAGCUAGCAUUAGCUAAGCUAACAAAUGUCUUCCCUGGAUUCGAAAUGACGGCCAAGGCUAAAUGGAUAACUUUAUUUUUGACAACUUUAUUUGAAAUGUCAGGGAGUUGUUAAAGAGUUUUCUGUUUCCGGAUGGACGGACACCAUCCGCUGUAGGACUGCGAGUGACUGACAACUGCGAGAGGUUCUCCAGGCAUGAUGGAAGGACUUCACAGCCAGGCUAUAAGCCUGGACCCACGCAGGCAGGAACUGCUGGAAGCUCGUUUCACUGGAGUCGGUGUGGCCAAGAGUUCAGCCAACAGUGAAUCCUCCAACCAGUCUUUGUGCAGUGCAGGAUCACUUAGUGACAAGGAACUGGAGACACCUGAGAAGAAGUCCAAUGACCAGAGAUGCAGGAAGAGAAAAGGAGACAUCUACGACAGCAACAGCCCGGGAAAAGGGAGAGGGCAGAAAAUUAGUGAUUAUUUUGAGUUUGCUGGUAGCAGUGGCUCUGGCACCAGUCCGGCCCGGGGCGUCCCCAUGCUGGUGCGCUCCUCUCCGCAGCACUCACUGUCUAAUCCCCUGUUUCAGCAAGGCAGUCCAUCGUCCACAGGCUCAGCCCACACAGACUCUUCGUCUUGUAGCUCUGUGAAGACGGCCCCCACACACUUAUGCUCACACAAAGCCAUCCAGUCGGAACUGACGCUGCUGAAACUGACAGCACUGGAGAAGGGAAAGAACUCUGACCUGGAGAAGAAAGAGGGAAGGAUUGACGACCUGCUAAGGGCUAACUGUGACUUGAGGCGGCAGGUAGAUGAGCAGCAGAAGAUGUUGGAGCGUUACAAGGAGCGGCUCAACAAGUGUGGGACCAUGAGCAAGAAGCUUCUUAUUGAGAAAUCAAAGCAGGAGAAGAUGGCUUGCAGGGACAAGAGCAUGCAGGAUCGUCUGCGUCUGGGCCACUUCACCACCGUACGGCACGGAGCCUCCUUCACCGAGCAGUGGACCGACGGAUAUGCCUUCCAGAACCUCAUCAAGCAGCAGGAGCGAGUCAACACGCAGCGGGAGGACAUUGAGAGGCAGAGGAAGUUGCUGGGAAAGAGGAAACCUCCCUCUAUGGCCCAGACGCCUCCAGCCAGCCUGGAACAGAACAAACGAAAGAGCAGGAGCAACGGGCAGGAGAGUGAAGCGUUGUCACUGGCAGAAUAUCAUGAGCAAGAGGAGAUUUUUAAACUUCGAAUCGGUUAUCUCAAAAAGGAAGAAGCUGAGAUGCAGGCUGAACUGGAGCAUUUGGAGCGAGUGAGAAACCUGCACAUUCGGGAGCUGAAGAGAAUCCAUAACGAGGACAACUCGCAAUUUAAAGACCAGCCUACGCUGAAUGAGCGAUAUCUGCUAUUGCAUUUACUGGGAAGAGGUGGCUUUAGUGAAGUUUUUAAGGCUUUUGAUUUGACAGAGCAAAGGUAUGUGGCCAUUAAAAUCCAUCAACUAAACAAGAACUGGAGGGAGGAGAAGAAGCACAACUACCACAAACAUGCCUGUAGAGAGUACAGAAUCCACAAAGAACUCGACCACCCUAGAAUCGUGAAACUCUACGACUAUUUUUCACUCGACACGGAUUCGUUCUGCACAGUGCUGGAGUACUGUGAAGGCAAUGACCUGGACUUCUACUUGAAGCAGAAUAAGCUGAUGAGCGAGAAGGAGGGCCGCUCUAUCGUCAUGCAGAUUGUCAACGCCCUCAAGUACCUCAACCAAAUUCGCCCACCCAUCAUCCACUACGACCUCAAGCCCGGAAACAUCCUGUUAGUUAACGGCACAGCUUGUGGAGAGAUAAAAAUUACUGACUUUGGCCUGUCCAAGAUCAUGGAUGAUGACAGCUACAACUCUACAGAUGGCAUGGAGCUCACCUCUCAAGGAGCAGGAACCUACUGGUAUCUUCCUCCGGAGUGCUUUGUGGUGGGGAAGGAGCCCCCCAAAAUAUCCAACAAAGUAGAUGUUUGGUCAGUAGGAGUCAUCUUCUAUCAAAGCUUAUAUGGACGCAAGCCUUUUGGUCACAACCAGUCACAGCAGGACAUCCUUCAAGAAAACACCAUACUAAAAGCCACUGAGGUGCAAUUUCCCCCCAAACCUGUGGUGACUGCAGAAGCAAAGGCCUUCAUCAGACGUUGCCUGGCUUAUCACAAGGAGGGCCGUGUGGAUGUGCUGCAGUUGGCCAGCGACCCCUUCCUAAUGCCCCACAUUCGCAAAGCCCUGGCCAGCAGCACGCCUCAGGCCCCCCCGCUUCCCUCCACCUCCGGCUGCUACGGCAGCAGUGCCUCCAACUGAAACCGUAAUGAAGCCACGCCGAGACAUUAACACACUUGAUCAAACGCCUCCUUUGGUCAAUGGAUUGGAAGCUGGCAGAAAGCAUGAUGGGAUGUAGGUAAAAGCGUCGAUGGAACCAAAAAGAUGGAUGCCGUGGUGAUAGAAAUGAAUUGUGCCCACCACAAUCAUGCAAGUGCUAAAGAUGAAGGGCCAGUGUGUGGAUGUGGGCUCCGUAGAACCCAAAGAUGUGCCCAUAUGCAUGCACUAACAAAAACCUUUCUUACCUGAUGAUAAGUCUGCCCCAGUUACUAUAAGAAUAGUAAAAGCACCCAGAAAAUUGCACAAGCGACAGGCUGAGAAGUACAGUAUGUGUGGGAAAUCUAUUAGAAGUAUUACAUCACCUCAUUCUGCUUAAAAGGCGUCGUCUAUCAAGAGUUUGCCAGAACUAAAGUGGUAGUUUCAAAUAUGUAUCCCCACAGGCUGGAAUGAGGGACUUUUUGGAAGGGCUCAUGCAGAUGAUAAGGAAUUACUGAUGACCAAAGUUGAAGGUCUACCUUGUUGGCCGUGGCACUAUUAGAGGUCUAUAAAUGACUAAAUAUUUUACUGGAUAACUGGAAGUCGGCUUAUUUUAAUUAAGUCCCUAUUUUUCCAAGAAAUGUACUCCCUCUAAUGUUUUUGUUAACAUUAUAGGGGGCCGGCUGACUGAGUGCUGUAAUGAGUUAAGAUUAUACAGAAAUAAAUAUGAAACCAUUAAAAAUGUUGACUAACUUUGCUGGGUUUUUUUGGGGGGGGUGAGAGGAGUGGACAUUAGGUACAUUUAUUGCAAAUUAAAAUAUUUAAGAGUUGCACUGGUAUUUUCACCACCAUUGUUUGAUUCAUUCAAUGCUAUUGGUAUAUGCAUUUCAAUUUAAGCUCUUCAGACUUUUUCAGUGUG